AUGAAGUCCUUCAUCGCUGCUGCCGCCCUAGCUGGCGCUGUCUCCGCUGCCACCCAAGUCACCACAAGCUCUGCUGACGGCUCAUGGGAAGGAUGGACAUCCUCAAGCACUAUCUCCACCACUACCACCACCACCACGACCAAGUCAUCUGACCCAUCCACCACUUGGGCCCCGUGGACAUCAUCGAGCUCGUCCAGCACGACUUCGUCUUCCACCAAGUCAACUACCACCUCCAAGUCCGCCUCCGGAAGCAGCUCUGCUUCCUCCACUUGGGGACCAUGGUCAACAACAAGCUCUACCAGCUCAGUCUCCACCACCUCUUCCAAGCCUGUUGACCCAAGCAGCUGGGCUGUCUGGUCUACCUCGACUACCUCGAGCAAGAAGGCCGAUCCUUCGACCACCUCGAGCAAGAAGAGCGACCCUGCAACUACAUCUGCUGCUUCCUCUUCAUGGGGUAACUGGGACCCCAACAACGGUUGCGCUCCAACUGUUACCAGCACCCAGGUCUGUGUCGUUUCCACCCCAGCAGUGAAGACCUCCACCACUAGCUCGGCCAGCAAGUCCUCCCCCACUACCAGCUCAGCCAGCAAGUCGUCAACCACCAGCUCUUCCGCCAAGGUGUCAAGCUCGACCUCGAGCGCUGCUGACAGCACCUGGUCCGUCUGGCCAGGUACCAGCAGCACCACCUCCAGCAAGACGACAACCACCACCACCACCUCCUCCGCCUAUGUUGACCCAACAUGGUCCAACUACAAGCGAGCUGUUUCCACCUCAGCUGCUGCUGAUGGUGCCUGGGACCCAUGGAGCAGCACCAGCUCAAGCUCCACCACCACCACCACCACCAAGACCCCAAGUGGUUCAAGCUCCACCACCUGGGCUGACUGGACCUCCAGCUCAACCACCUCAUCUUCCAGCAAGAGCACCACCAGCUCCAAGUCCAACUCUGUCAGCACUACCACCAGCAAGCCCAACACUGCUACCAGCUCGUCCAGCGCUGACUACGACUGGAACAACUGGGCCACCUCCACCCCAGCUGCUGUCACCUCAUGCUACUACAGCACCUACACCAUCUACCCAAGCACAUGCCAGGCCACCGGUGCCCCAGCUGCACCAAGCUCCGUUGCCGCCGCCGUCGGUACCGGUUCCCCAGCUGCCAGCUCCGUCAAGGUUCCAGAUGCUUCCUCCACUGGCCCAGCUGUUGCCAAGUACACCGGCGCUGCCUCCAAGGAGGUCGCUGGCAUGGGUGCUCUCGCCCUCGCUGGUAUUGCCAUGCUUCUGUAA